AUGCCGACCGUCUCCUUCCACUUCGUUUACUGGGCGAUUCUAGGCAUAAUUGAUGUUAGUGCUUUGUCUCUUCGAGCGUCGCCACUUGGAUACAAUGUCUCGUCCAAUAGCGUCAUGACACCAUCCGGCGCCUUUACGGGAUAUGAAGUCUCUUCGAACAGCUCAAAGACGUCUCCGACUGCUCCCAGCAUUUACAAUUCUACCUUCAAGAAUGAGACUUCGGUCAACACUGCUUUUUCUUCGAGCAUUUGCUGUUUCGUCGUCCAAGAUACGAUCGACGUGAGGUAUUGGGCCGACUACUUCACUUACAGUACGCUACAACCCUUGGAGAAACUAUGUAGCAUCUCCCCAACACAAUAUUACGUGUUCCCGAGUGUCAAGGUCAUCAGUGUCCCAGCUGUCGUAGACGAAGAUGGCCGUGCAGCAUGUGCUACGACGUCAACGUAUCAGGCUACAUGUCGAGCCCAGACGUACGCGAGUUGGAAUUACAACGCCACCAGGCUGGACAACCACACCGAAAGUGCAGCAACAAAAAGUGCACUUUACAUUACGGGCAUCAAUUCUAACGCAGAAAGAUACUUCGACUCAGGUUCAAAGCAGGAAGCUCUUGACGUGAUACACGUUUCAUUUUCAAAGCCUUUUGUCUACCCUCCUCUUAGCGACCAGUUCCCGUCCAAGGUUUUCAAUGAGAAUUUCGGCUAUGUCCCUGACACUCUCAUUGAUUGGAUGGCCCAGGAUUCCGAAUACAUCUCAAAAUUUCCUGGCAUCGCCUCUUGCUUGCCAGGAGGACCUUCCGUCAAUCUUUUCGCUUACUUUUGCCCCCAUCAAGCUAAGCUACUCCCCAACUUUAUCCACGUUCAGAUUGGAGAACCGGAGUUGACCGUCUCGUCGACAGUCACAAUCGCUGGGAAAGGGUGUUUCCAUCCUGGUGCAUGCCCCACUCCAGCAGCACCAGGUGCCACGGCCGUUGCUGCGACGCCAGAAGUCACUCCUGAAGCUGAGCGACUGCCGAAAGCUGGAGCAUCCAGCACUGCGCAUGGUCAAGACACAUCUUUCGCCGCUGACCCCAAAAACCCUUCGCCUCCACAAGCUCCAAGUCUACCUCUGCCAACGCCAGUAGAAAAUCCAAGCAGCACGCCAGCCAUCUCUCCGGAAACCCAAGCGGUCAACCCUCCUCCAAGCCUUCAACCUAAGGUUCCAAGCCUUUCGCCACCUGGGGAGGCUAAUCAACCACUGUCAAUGCCAAUAGGUUCUUCCGAAAAUCCCUUGGUGAACUCUCCAGAAGAUGUUCACGGGGCAAACCCUCCGCCAGCCAACCCAGCCAAGCCUCCUUCAACUUUUCAAGGUUUAGGCGCUAUCAUAGCUGGCGCCAUUGGCAUCACUUCCACUUCUCUACCUGAGAUCCAGGGUGUCCAACCAUACCCAAUGCUCACACCAACACCAAUCUACAGUAUCUCAAUCGCUCCCUCCGCCUCAGCUGUAGUAGUUAAUGGCGUCACGUCCGUCUUACCGGCUGGUGGACCCGAGGGGCUAACUGUCGCUGGAAUCACAUCAGUUGCCGUGGGCUCGCAGCAGAUCUCCCAGAACGCUGCUUCUCAGUAUGUGGUAGCAGGCCAAACGCUCAUACCUGGAGCACGACCAAUCAACGUACAGGGUACCGAAGUGUCCCUUGCGCCUUCCGCGAGUGCAAUCGUCAUCGCUGGUAGCACGAUUGUGCUAAGCUCUACCAGCGCGCCAGCAUUCACGGUGGGAGGUGAAGUUGUUACCGCCAAUAGUGCAUCAAAAUACGUAGUAGGCGGGCAGACACUUACGCCAGGAGCUCCAGCGGUCACAAUUUCAGGAACGCGCAUCAGCCUCGCUCCAAGCGGUACCCAGGUUGUCGUCGGUAGUAGCACGAUUGGACUCGGAUCCACCUUCGCACUACCACCUGCAUUGACAGUUGGCUCUCAAACCUAUACCGCAGACAGCAAGUCCGAAUACACGAUCGCUGGACAAAUACUCACCCCAGGAGGUCCAGCAGUCACGGUCUCAGGGACGCGACUCAGCCUCGCUCCGGGCGCGACGCAGUUCGUCUUGGGAAGCAGCACCAUAGAUCUUACGCCCGCCAAUACCCCUCCUCCAUUGACAUUCGGCUCUCAAACCUUCACCGCCAACAGCGCAUCCGACUACAUCAUAGACGGUCAAACCCUGAUACCAGGUGCUCCAGCUAUAACAGUAUCCGGCACCCCCAUCAGUCUCGCUCCAACCCCCUCUCAAGUAGUCAUCGGAAGCAGUACCAUCACACUUGGCCCCGCCUCCACGCCUCCCCCAUUGACAUUCGGCUCUCAAACCUUCACCGCGAACAGCGCAUCCGACUACAUCAUAGACGGUCAAACCCUAAUACCAGGUGCUCCAGCUAUAACAAUAUCCGGCACCCCCAUCAGUCUCGCUCCAACCGCCUCUCAAGCAGUCAUCGGAAGCAACACCAUCACACUCGACCCCAUCCUCCCACCUCCCCCCUUAACAUUCAACUCCCAAACCAUCACCGCCAACAGCGCCUCCGACUACAUCAUAGACAACCAAACCCUCAUCCCCGGCGCCCCCGCCCUCACAAUCUCCAACACCCCGAUCAGCCUAGCCCCCGACGCCUCGGCCGUGGUCGUAGGCGGCCGCACCGAGCUCCUCCGCCCCGGCCCCACGCUCCCACCCAUCAUCAUCGGCUCUCGAACCUUCACCGCCGACGACGCGGGCGCGUACGUCAUCGGCGGCCAGACGGUGACGCCCGGCGCGCCCGGCGUCGUCGUACCGGGGUCCUUGCUCGUCCCUGCCGCGGCACCAUCAUCGUCGGUCUUUACGGUAGCGGGGCAAGUCUUCACGGCAAACCCUACCGCGUUCUCCAUCGACGGGACUACCAUCUCGGCUGGUGGUCCUGGCGUUGUGAUCUCCGGGACCCCGGUCCGCUUGCGAGCGUCGGGCGUUUUGGACAUUGGUAAUAGCACUGUUACGCUGUCUUUGGCCAGUCCUACCGUUGAGGUUGGAGGGUCUGCGUUUGCUGGGAAGGCGGAUCGUGGUUCGUUGAGUUUGCUGUAUUCGAUGUCGGCGUUGGUGCUUGGUUUGUUGAUCGUCGUGGUGUUUUAA